AUGCAGUUUAACAAUUUGUCUGGGUCUUUGCCUGAUUUUUCAGCUUGGAAUAAUCUUACUGUUGUUAAUUUGUCUAGUAAUAGGUUCAAUGGGAGUAUUCCUGUUUCGCUUUCGAAUUUGACUCAGCUUUCGGGUUUGAACCUUGCGAGUAAUGAUCUUUCUGGUGAUAUUCCUGAUCUGAAUUUGUCGAGAUUGCAGACGCUGAAUUUGUCUAACAAUGAUUUACAUGGCACUGUGCCGAGAUCGUUAAGGAGGUUUCCUGAUUCAGCGUUUGUUGGGAAUAAUGUAACUCUUGGAAAUUAUACUGUUGUUCCGCCCGUGCCUUCGCCGGUUUAUGAUGCGUCUUCGACCUCGGGGAAAUGUGGGAGGCUAAGUGAAGCGGCGGUGCUUGGAAUUGUUGUUGUUGGGAGUUUUCUUGGGCUUGUAGCUUUUGGAAAAAUGUCUCCGGAGAAAGCAGUUUCGAGGAACAUGGAUGCUAAUAAUAAACUGACUUUCUUCGAGGGAUGUAAUUAUGCGUUUGAUUUAGAAGACUUGUUAAGAGCUUCCGCCGAGGUUCUAGGAAAGGGAACGUUUGGUACUGCUUACAAGGCGAUUCUUGAGGAUGCGACUGCGGUUGUUGUGAAGAGAUUGAAGGAGGUAGCCUAUGGAAAGAAGGAUUUUGAGCAAUACAUGGAGAUUGUUGGAAGUCUUAAACAUGAGAAUGUGGUUGAGCUGAAAGCUUAUUAUUAUUCGAAAGACGAGAAACUGAUGGUAUAUGAUUACUACAGUCAGGGGAGUGUUUCUUCUUUGUUGCAUGGGAAAAGAGGAGAAGACAAGGUGCCUUUAGAUUGGAAUACUCGGUUGAGAAUCGCUUUAGGUGCAGCAAGAGGCAUUGCUCACAUCCAUGUUGAGAAUAGCAGAAAAGUGGUACACGGAAACAUCAAGUCUUCAAAUAUCUUUCUCAAUACUAAGCAAUACGGUUGUGUAUCUGAUCUUGGUCUGGCAUCCAUUUCAACCUCGCUCGCUCUACCCAUCUCACGAGCAGCUGGUUACCGAGCACCAGAAGUUACAGACACUAGGAAAGCAGCACAACCUUCAGAUGUUUACAGCUUCGGCGUCGUGUUACUAGAGCUUCUAACCGGGAAAUCACCUAUCCACACAGCUGGUGGUGAUGAGUUUGUGCACUUGGUGAGAUGGGUUCAUUCGGUUGUGCGAGAGGAGUGGACGGCUGAAGUAUUUGACUUAGAGUUGAUGAGAUAUCCAAAUAUAGAAGAAGAUAUGGUUGAGAUGUUGCAGAUAGCCAUGUCUUGUGUGGUAAGAAUGCCGGAUCAGAGACCUAAGAUGUCCGAAGUUGUGAAGAUGAUAGAAAAUGUGAGGCAGAUUGAUAAUGCACAGAUAUCAUCUGAGAACCAAGCUGAAGUUAGAUUAUCAUCUCAAAGCGAGACCGAUAACGACAACAUUAACUCCACUUCUUCUCCUUUACCGAAAGGAAGUGAAUGA